AUGAGUGCAUAUCCCCGACGCCCUAGAGUGAAUACUCUUUCUGGUCCUCUCGCUCUGUCCGCAAGGAUGGCGGCGGUCUGCCUUGUGCGGCCGCUGUAUAGAGAGAUGGGGUCCCGACCUUUUGUUGUCGGCCCGCUUCUUCUUGAUGAUCUCGUCCCCGUCUGCGGUCUGCCUUCGGGCGCGCGGGCGGGGUGGGUGUCGGUGGACGUCUGA